AUGUCAUUGACUGCCGACGAAUAUAAGCAACAAGGUAACGCUGCAUUUACUGCUAAGAAUUACGAUGGAGCCAUCGAACUUUUCACUAAAGCCAUCGAGGUCUCUGAGACUCCAAGCCAUGUUUUAUUUUCCAACAGAUCUGCCUGUUACACCUCUUUGAAGAAGUUCAGCGACGCUUUGAAUGAUGCUAAUGAAUGUGUCAAAAUCAAUCCAUCUUGGUCCAAGGGUUAUAAUAGACUCGGUGCCGCCCAUUUAGGUCUUGGUGAUCUUGAUGAAGCUGAAAGUGACUAUAAGAAAGCUCUGGAACUAGAUGCCAAUAACAAAGCCGCCAAAGACGGGUUGGAACAGGUCCAUCGUACUCAACAAGCGAGACAGGCACAGCCAGAUUUAGGGUUGACGCAAUUAUUCGCUGACCCAAAUCUCAUUGAAAACCUGAAGAAAAAUCCAAAAACCAGUGAAAUGAUGAAAGAUCCUCAAUUGGUAGCAAAGUUGAUUAGUUACAAAAUGAAUCCGCAAGCCAUUGGCCAAGAUUUGUUUUCCGAUCCAAGAUUAAUGACCAUCAUGGCUACAUUAAUGGGCGUCGACUUAAACAUGGGUGAUACAAGCGAAUCAAACUCCAUGCCAAAUGAGCCAGUAACCAAUAGCAGUUCUGAGCAAAAGAAAGAUGCCGAAUCACCAGCCGUUCCCACCACAAAGAAUGAGAGUUCUUCAACAGCACCACAACAGAAAGACGCCGAGGAGCCCGAGCCAAUGGAAGUUGACGAAGACAAUUCUAAAGCCGAAGCCGACAAUGAAAAGGCUGAAGGUAACAAGUUUUACAAAGCCCACCAGUUUGAUGAGGCUAUUGAGCACUACAACAGGGCAUGGGAAUUACACAAAGACAUCACCUACUUGAACAACCGUGCUGCUGCUGAAUAUGAAAAGGGUGACUAUGAAACCGUUAUUGCGACUUUGAACGAUGCUGUCGAGAAAGGUAGAGACAUGAGAGCCGAUUACAAGGUCAUAUCUAAGUCAUUUGCACGUAUCGGUAAUGCUUAUCACAAACUAGGUGACUUGAAAAAAACCAUAGAAUACUAUCAAAAAUCCCUGACUGAACAUCGUACAGCUGACAUUUUGGCCAAACUGAGGAACGUUGAGAAGGAACAGAAAAAGGCUGAGGCUGAAGCAUACAUCAAUCCUGAUAAGGCAGAGGAAGCUCGUCUUGAAGGUAAAGAAUAUUUCACGAAGAGUGACUGGCCAAAUGCUGUUAAGGCUUAUACUGAAAUGAUCAAAAGAGCACCUGAAGAUGCAAGAGGAUAUUCUAACAGAGCUGCUGCCCUUGCGAAGUUGAUGUCUUUCCCCGAAGCUAUCGCAGAUUGUAAUAAAGCCAUUGAAAAAGAUCCUAACUUCGUGAGAGCGUACAUCAGAAUGGCCGCGGCACAAAUUGCCGUUAAAGAAUUCGCUGCUGCUUUGGAAACAUUGGACGUGGCAAGGACCAAGGAUGCAGAAGUGAAUAAGGGUGCUAGUGCCAAAGAAAUUGACCAACUUUAUUACAAGGCAAGCCAGCAGAGAUUUCAACCGGACACCGGCAGCGAAACCCCAGAAGAGACCUAUCAAAGGGCCAUGAAGGAUCCUGAAGUGGCCGCCAUCAUGCAAGAUCCUGUCAUGCAAAGUAUCCUGCAACAGGCUCAACAGAAUCCUGCCGCGUUACAAGAGCAUAUGAAAAACCCAGCAGUAUUCAAGAAGAUUCAAACUUUGAUUGCUGCUGGUAUAAUCCGCACUGGUCGCUAA